AUGUUAUUCCUUGUUUUACUUUUUCCACUGAGCCUGACAAAGGGAGAAAACUGUCAUAUUCUGGACAAUCCAUCAUAUCCUUUGCUAUGUAAAGAUGGAGAUGUGAUCAUUGGAGCUAUUUUUUCAGUACAUUAUGAUACAGAGUUGCAGGCAUUGCAAUAUACUAAAACCCCACAACCUUUAAUCUGCAUUAGAUUGAACCUACGAGGAUUACGUCUUGCUCAGACUAUGACCUUUGCCAUCGAUGAAAUCAACAGAAGCAACCGCUUGCUUCCAAAUAUCUCAGUUGGUUACAGGAUUUAUGACAAUUGUGGCUCACAAUUGUUAAGUAUAAAGGCAGCCAUGAGUUUGAUGAAUGGUAUGGAAAUAACAACAGAUAAUGCCUGCUCUGGACAAGCAGUUGUACAAACUAUCAUAGGGGAAUCAGAGUCUACACUUACUGUAGCACUCACAAAAAACACAGGACCCUUUAAGAUCCCAGUGAUUAGUUAUGCUGCCACAUGUGAAUGUUUAAGCAACAGAAAAGAGUACCCUUCUUUCUUCAGGACCAUAGCAAGUGACUUCUACCAAAGUAGAGCACUGGCAUAUUUGGUCAAGCACUUUGGCUGGUUUUGGGUAGGAGCUGUGAACAGUGAUAAUGAUUAUGGCAACAAUGGAAUGGCUAUUUUUUUGAAUGCAGCCAAAGAGGAGGGAAUAUGUGUUGAGUACUCUGAGAAGUUUGUCCGGUCGGAUACAGCAAAUAUAAUAAGAGUGGCAAAUGUUAUUAAAAAAGGCACAGCAAAAGUAAUUAUCUUAUUUCUCUCAAUAUUUGACAUGAACAUUCUAAUAGACCAGCUUAUUCUAAAAAAUGUCACUGGCUAUCAGAUAAUUGGUGUUGAAGCAUGGAUUACUGCUGUCAAUAUAGCAACACCAGCAAGUUAUAAGGUAUUGGCUGGAUCUAUUGGUUUUGCUGUGGGGAAAUUUAACAUUGCUACCUUCUCUGACUAUGUUGUAAAUGAAUUUUGGAAAACAGAUUUCCCCUGCUUGAGUACAAAGCGAACCAUUUCUCAAAUUGAAAACAACCGCAGUAAUUAUAAAGAUAUAAUUCAGUUUAAAAAUUACAGUGCAGAUAUAUCGGAACUGAGAUAUGCAAAGAACAUCUACAAUGCAGUAUAUGCUGUGGCACAUUCUCUACACAGCCUGUUGGGAUGCACAGAAAACCAGAGUUGUAAGAAAGACAAAGCAAUACAAUCAUGGCAGGUUGUUGAGGCUCUUAGAAAAGUAUUUUUUAAAACUUCAUUAGGAGAACAGGUUUGGUUUGACAGCACUGGGGCAACAGCUGCAAAAUAUGAUGUUGUGAACUGGAACCAAGGGUUUAAUGGAGAAGUGCAGUUUGAGGUUGUGGGUUAUUAUGAUGCCUCACUGCCAAAUGGCCAACAGUUCAUUCUAAAUGUUGAAGAUAUAGUGUGGGCUGGAGAGAAAAAAGAGAAGCCAAGGUCUGUGUGCAGUGAGAGCUGUCCUCCAGGAACCAGGAAAGCUGCGCAGAAAGGAAGGCCUGUCUGCUGCUAUGACUGUAUACCAUGUGCAGAGGGAGAGAUCAGUAACCAGACAGAUUCAAAUAACUGUGAGCAGUGUCCAGAAGAAUAUUGGUCUAAUGUUGGUAGAGAUAAAUGUGUCUUAAAGGUCAUAGAGUUUCUUUCAUUUACAGAGGCAAUGGGAAUAGUGUUGGUGUUUUUUUCUUUGUUUGGAGCUACAUUAACUGUGUUAAUAGCUAUUUUAUUUCUAAUAGAAAAGGACACUCCUAUUGUUAAGGCCAACAACUCCGAGCUGAGCUUCCUGCUGCUUUUCUCCCUGACUCUGUGUUUCCUCUGUUCACUUACUUUCAUUGGUCGGCCUUCUGAGUGGUCCUGUAUGCUGCGUCACACAGUGUUUGGGAUCACAUUUGUCCUUUGUAUCUCUUGUGUUUUGGGGAAAACAGUAGUUGUGCUAAUGGCCUUCAGGGCUACACUUCCAGGCAGUAAUGUCAUGAAAUGGUUUGGGCCUCUACAGCAGAGACUUAGUGUACUUGCCUUCACUCUUAUACAGGCCCUUAUUUGUGUGCUUUGGUUAACAGUUUCACCCCCUUUUCCAUAUAAGAACAUAAACUACUACAAGGAAAAAAUCGUAUUAGAGUGUAAUUUGGGCUCAGCUAUAGGUUUCUGGGCCGUGCUAGGUUAUGUAGGACUUCUUGCUUUCUUAUGUUUUGUUUUGGCCUUUUUAGCUAGAAAGCUGCCAGAUAAUUUUAAUGAAGCUAAAUUCAUCACAUUCAGCAUACUUAUAUUCUGUGCUGUGUGGAUCACCUUUAUUCCAGCUUAUGUCAGCUCUCCUGGAAAAUUUACUGUAGCUGUGGAGAUAUUUGCUAUUUUGGCUUCCAGUUUUGCAUUAUUACUUUGUAUAUUUACACCUAAAUGUUAUAUUAUUCUCUUUAAACCUGAACUAAACACUAAGAAAAAUAUAAUGGGCAAAACGCUCAAAAGUUAUAAAAUAGCUAUCCACUUCGGUCUCUCUAAAAGGAGGUACUAA